CCGGCUGCGCAGACCCGCUCUCGGCGCAUGCGCCAACCCCCGCACAUGCGCCGUACGCAGCGACCGCGGCCGGAGCCGGGCAGGAGCUGCCGCCAUCAUGGUGCUGGACCUGGACCUGUUCCGCGCCGACAAGGGCGGCGACCCCGCCAUGGUGCGGGACAUGCAGCUCAAACGCUUCAAGGACCCGGCGCUGGUGGACGCGCUGGUGCGGGCGGACGGCGCCUGGCGGAGGUGCAGGUUUCGUGCCGAUAACUUGAACAAGCUGAAGAACCUGUGCAGCAAAACGAUCGGGGACAAGAUGAAGAAAAAAGAGCCUGUGGGGACAGAUGAGUCCGUACCAGAGAACGCACAGAACCUCGACGAGCUCACAGCCGAUGUCCUGGGGGCUCUGCAGGUGUCCCAGAUCAAGAAAGUCCGUCUGCUCAUUGAUGAAGCCAUCCUGGAGUGCGACGCCGAGCGCCUGAGGCUGGAGGCAGAACGUUUCGAGAGCCUGCGGGAGAUCGGGAACCUCCUCCACCCCUCGGUGCCCAUCAGCAACGAUGAGGACGCAGACAACAAGGUGGAGCGAGUCUGGGGCGACUGCAGCUGCAGGAAGAAGUAUUCGCACGUGGACCUGGUGGUGAUGGUGGAUGGUUACGAGGGCGAGAAGGGGGCUGUUGUCGCCGGCAGCCGCGGCUACUUCCUUAAGGGUCCCCUGGUGUUCCUGGAGCAGGCGCUGAUCCAGUACGCCCUGCAGAGCCUCCGCGCCAGGGGCUACACUCCCGUCUACACGCCCUUCUUCAUGCGCAAGGAGGUGAUGCAGGAGGUGGCCCAGCUCAGCCAGUUCGACGAGGAGCUCUACAAGGUGAUCGGCAAAGGCAGCGAGAAGGCCGACGACAGCUCCAUCGAUGAGAAGUACCUGAUCGCCACCUCGGAGCAGCCCAUCGCCGCGCUGCACCGCGACGAGUGGCUGAAACCAGAGGAUUUGCCCAUCAAAUACGCGGGGCUGUCGACGUGCUUCCGGCAGGAGGUGGGCUCGCACGGCCGCGACACCCGCGGCAUCUUCCGCGUCCACCAGUUUGAGAAGAUUGAACAGUUUGUCUACGCGUCCCCCCACGACAACAAGUCCUGGGAGAUGUUUGAGGAGAUGAUUGCCACGGCUGAGGAUUUCUACCAGUCCCUGGGCAUCCCCUACCACAUUGUCAACAUCGUCUCGGGCUCCCUCAACCACGCAGCUAGUAAGAAGCUGGACCUGGAGGCCUGGUUCCCCGGCUCCGGCGCCUUCCGGGAGCUCGUCUCCUGCUCCAACUGCACCGACUACCAGGCGCGACGCCUGCGCAUCCGCUACGGCCAGACCAAGAAGAUGAUGGACAAGGUGAGGCUGAGCUCCUGGGUUUGGGGGGUGUGUGGGGGGGUUCCUGCUCAUCCCGUCCUCACCAUUGCUGUGUGUCCCCCCCUCGCCGUGUCCCCGCGGCAGGUGGAGUUCGUGCACAUGCUGAACGCCACGAUGUGUGCCACCACCCGCACCAUCUGCGCCAUCCUGGAGAACUACCAGACCGAGGAGGGCAUCCGCAUCCCCGAGAAGCUCCGAGACUUCAUGCCCCCAGACCUGCGGGAGCUGAUCCGGUUCGUGCGCCCGGCGCCCAUCGAGCAGGAGCUCUCCAAGAAGCAGAAGAAGCAGCAGGAGGGGGGCAAGAAGAAGGUGGGGGGGGGCAACGCGCAGGUGCUGGAGGAGCAGAUGCAGAACAUGGACGUCAACAGCGCCUGAGUCCUGGGCCCCUCCUGCCUUCAUCUCUGCUGGGGCUGUGCCCAUCACCUUCGCUUGGGGCGCGGCCAUGCCCCCCCCGUGGCACGGAGCACCGCACUCCCAUGGGACAAAGGACUGAUGCUGUUGGGGUUCAGCCCCCCCGUGCCCCCCCUGCCGAGUGGGGGAUCCCCCCGUGCCAUGUCCUCUUCCCCAGGGAUGGCAAAUGUCCCCUCCCUCCAUGCAAUAAAGCCAAGAACUGCUAA